UCCAUUAUCGGUCAUUUAUUUGCCGUCUACACUGGGAAGUCUGGGAAGACCAAGAGGAAGAAUAACGCCUUCGAAACAAAAGCUCGAACAUCAUUAUUCUUCGACUUCACCUACACCCAAUUUAACCUGCACCGAAGUCCAAUUAGAAACCUUCCCGAAAGCAAGUUCGUUCUUUUUUUCUCUCUUUUUUUCUCUCGAAUCUGAAGUUCAAUAGCAAUGGAGGACGCAGUACGCAUAGCGAAAUCGGUGGAGCUAGGGUCUAGAGAUGCUGUUGAAUUGAAUGAUAAUAGAGAUGCUCGAUCAGUUCACCCUAGUGUAGACCAUGCUGAGAUCGUCGUCGUACGUCAUGGACAAACAGACUGGAAUGUUGAUUAUAGAAUUCAGGGUCAUUUGGAUGUGAAAUUAAAUGAAGUUGGAAGGCAGCAAACACGCGCAGUAGCUGAUAGACUAUCCAAAGAACGUGAAAUCUCUACUAUUUACUCGUCCGAUCUAAAACGAGCUAUCGAGACAACAGAAGUGAUUGCAGCCACUUGUGGUGUGAGGGAGGUUAUCAAAGAUCCAGAUCUACGGGAACAAAAUCCAGGAAAGCUUCAAGGCCUUAGUGAAAUAGAGGCAGCUAGCCUUUAUCCCCAGAUUUAUGAGGCCUACCGGUCCAGAAGGUGGGAUCAAGAAAUCCCGGGAGGUGAAAGUAAGGAUCAGGUUUACCGGCGAUGCACUAGUUGCUUGCAAAACAUUGGCUUAAAGCACAAAGGGGGGCGAGUAGUGGUCGUCACUCAUGGAACCGUGCACAGGUCUAUCUACCGGCAGGCUCGCCCGAAUGAAGGUCCUGCACCGAAGGUGCAAAAUGGUUCGAUCAGCAUUUUGCACUUAUUUAGCAGGGACGACUGGGUCAUAAAGUCCUGGGGUGAUCAUAGCCAUCUCAACCAAACAGAAGAGAAGCUCUAGUAGCAUUUCGAGAUAUAUGGUGAGAGGCAAAUUGGGUAUUUUAUUUGACACUGGUUCUGUAUCCAUUUCGAUCCCGUUGAAGAGUCAUGUUGUCCCUUAGCCAAUGUAUGCGAGAGACCCACUCAUUAGACAAUGCUUAACAAUUGACAAAGUCAAGCGUAUCCAGUUGCUUGAGCAAUAAAAUGUUCCAUAUUCUUAUAUGAUA